GUGCUUCACAGUUUUGGGAGGUGAUCAGUGAUGAACAUGGCAUUGAUCCCACUGGAAACUACGUGGGUGACUCAGACCUCCAGCUGGACAGGAUCAGUGUCUACUACAAUGAGGCUUCCUCCACCAAAUAUGUUCCCAGAGCCAUCCUAGUAGAUCUGGAGCCAGGCACAAUGGACAGUGUUCGAUCUGGAGCCUUUGGUCACCUGUUCAGACCUGAUAACUUCAUAUUUGGCCAGAGUGGUGCAGGCAACAACUGGGCUAAAGGCCACUACACAGAGGGAGCGGAGCUGUUGGACUCAGUGCUGGAUGUGAUCCGAAAGGAAUGCGAAAACUGUGACUGCCUUCAAGGCUUUCAGCUCACCCACUCCCUCGGAGGGGGCACUGGCUCAGGCAUGGGCACACUUCUUAUCAGCAAAGUAAGAGAAGAAUACCCUGACAGGAUCAUGAACACCUUUAGCGUGGUACCUUCUCCCAAAGUGUCUGACACAGUUGUGGAACCCUACAAUGCCACACUGUCCAUCCACCAGCUGGUUGAGAACACAGAUGAGACAUACUGCAUCGACAACGAAGCCCUGUACGACAUCUGCUUUCGCACAUUGAAGCUAGCCACACCUACUUAUGGUGACCUCAACCACCUAGUGUCAGCCACCAUGAGUGGAGUCACAACCUCUCUGCGCUUCCCAGGCCAACUCAACGCCGAUCUGCGCAAACUGGCUGUCAACAUGGUGCCCUUCCCACGAUUGCAUUUCUUCAUGCCUGGUUUUGCCCCUCUGACGGCGCGGGGUAGCCAGCAGUACCGGGCUCUUACUGUUCCUGAGCUUACUCAGCAGAUGUUUGACGCCAAAAACAUGAUGGCUGCGUGUGAUCCACGCCAUGGCCGCUACCUUACCGUGGCCACGGUCUUCCGAGGUCGCAUGUCCAUGAAGGAAGUAGACGAGCAGAUGCUGGCCAUCCAGAGCAAGAACAGUAGCUACUUUGUCGAAUGGAUCCCCAAUAAUGUGAAGGUUGCAGUGUGUGACAUACCACCCAGGGGACUGAAGAUGUCCUCAACAUUCAUUGGCAACAGCACGGCAAUCCAAGAGCUGUUCAAGCGCAUCUCUGAGCAGUUCACUGCCAUGUUCAGGCGCAAGGCUUUCUUGCAUUGGUACACUGGAGAGGGCAUGGAUGAGAUGGAGUUCACAGAGGCUGAAAGCAAUAUGAACGACCUAGUGUCUGAGUACCAGCAGUACCAAGAUGCCACGGCUGAAGAGGAGGGAGAGAUGUAUGAGGAUGAUGAGGAGGAAUCUGAGAUGCAAAAGUGAACGCUUGUGAAGUCCAUCAUUGCUUACACCAGCUGCUCUCAAACCAACCUCCGAUUCUUUCCCUGGCUAGUAUCUUAAUCUUUCACUACUCUCUCUGGUAGAUUAACCUUCAUCUUUAGAAGUGCCAGUUAAACCAGUAUGCACCUUACUGUGCCAUUACAGUGUCUUUACUGUAUUGUACUUGUUGUUGACAAUAUUGUUCACUGACCAAUCUUAAAUAAACCAAUAAUUCUAGUGUUCUGAUGAUG